CUGUGAAUUUUAUGGAGAGAGAUGACGACAGAAUUACAGCCAGCCACCUCCCCUCCCCAUUGCAUAUGCUUUCACUGCACCACCAACUACAACGUCCCAAUUCAUCUCUCAACCGAUCUCUCUCUCUCUCUCUCUCUCUCUCUCUCUCUCUCUCUCCUGUUUUUGUUUUCUAGCUUCACACUAUUACAAGCUCUCAACUUUUUUCCCCUACUUUCUCUUUUAACUACUGCAUCCUUGACCACCUGAGCGCUUUCCCUCAACUUCUCAAAACCCAUGUGUGCUUUUGGACUUGGAAGCUCAAAAACCAUAUUUUGGGAGCUUCUUUUGCUCUUUUAAAUGGUGGGUUUUUGUCUAAAUAUGUAGAGAUUCAAGAUUUCUGACCAAACUCUCCACCUUUUGCCCAGAAACAUGCUUCUUGGCCUGAAACUUAUCAACUUUUUUCCCAGCUUCUGCUUAAUCUGAACCCACCUGUCGUUAAAUGCACAAAGAUUGAUUAGAUGAUUUCGACAUGUAGGUGUUUGAAAAACAACACUUUAAUCUUUCUGGGUCGUCUCCAAAUCCAAGUUUCUCUGCAAGUUUGGAGGCUUUCUGCUAGUUGAGGAGUGCAAAUACCAAAAGGGGUUCUGAGAUUUUUCUGAUUCUUUUGAUGAGUUUUGGUGCCGACCCAUGAAGAAUUUCCACUGGUUUAAGCAGAUUUCCAGCAAUGGCAAGCCUGAGAGGAGUCUCUCGCUGGGUGAGUACAAUCGUGCAGUCUCAUGGUCCAAGUACUUGGUGUCGUCAGGGGCCGAGAUUAAAGGGGAAGGAGAGGAGGAGUGGAGUGCGGACAUGUCACAGUUGUACAUUGGGUGUAAAUUUGCUUCCGGAAGGCAUAGCAGGAUUUACAGAGGGGUUUAUAAGGAGAGGGAUGUGGCGAUUAAGCUGAUAAGCCAGCCUGAGGAGGAUGAAGGGUUGGCUGUUUUGCUUGAGAAGCAGUUCACUUCUGAGGUUGCUUUGCUUUUUCGAUUGCACCAUCCUAAUAUCAUCACUUUUGUUGCAGCUUGUAAGAAACCUCCUGUGUUCUGCAUUAUCACCGAGUAUUUAGCUGGGGGAUCGUUAAGGAAGUAUCUUCAUCAGCAGGAGCCACAUUCUGUUCCGCUUAGCCUAGUUAUAAAAUUAGCCCUCAACAUUGCACGCGGGAUGCAAUAUCUCCAUUCUCAAAGUAUACUUCAUAGGGAUCUCAAGUCAGAAAAUUUAUUGCUAGGGGAAGAUAUGUCUGUAAAGGUUGCGGAUUUUGGUAUUUCAUGCCUAGAAUCACAGUGCGGCAGCGCUAAGGGAUUCACAGGUACUUACCGCUGGAUGGCACCCGAAAUGAUCAAAGAGAAACACCAUACAAAGAAAGUCGAUGUUUACAGUUUUGGAAUAGUUCUGUGGGAGCUUUUAACGGCAUUGACACCAUUUGACAACAUGACUCCUGAACAGGCUGCGUUUGCAGUAUCGCAGAAGAAUGCAAGACCCCCUUUGCCGUCCACAUGCCCGGUGCCAUUCAGUCGCCUCAUUAGCCGAUGCUGGUCAAGCCAUCCAGAUAAGCGACCUCAUUUCGAUGAGAUAGUGCACAUUUUGGAAGGUUAUGCCGAGUCCCUUGAGCAGGACCCAGAUUUCUUCUCAUCUUACAAGCCGCCCCCAGAUCACGCCCUAUUGCGAUGCUUUCCAAAAUGGAAGGGUCGCCGUGGUUCUGCUUCUUGAAAGAUUUAGGGAAUCGUUUUCUGGAAUCAAAGUAUUGAAGUUAAAUGUACCAUAUGCUUUUCUUGUCAAGGUUCCCAUCUUCAUACAAAUUAUGAUUGUGAACCUUUUUUCCUUUCUGUCUUGUUAACCUUUUGAUCCUUUUGUCUUGAAUAUAUUGGAAUGAAAAGCACUACUUUUAUUGGUGUUUUAACUUCA